ACAGGCAGCUGCCGUACAGGUCGCCGCAAGACCAUAUGCACGCCUCUUCAUAAAUCAUUAUUUUGCCUAGGGGAGAUUGAUGGCGAAGUCACUGCAUUCAUCUGCGUCUACUGAUUCCUCCGACCUCUUCGGUCCCGAUGAUCCUGAAUUUCUUGAGGCUCUUAGAAACGCGGUGCUACCCGGAGAUCCCCCACCGGAUGCUGCGUCACUGAGUCGAAAGCGUCCUCGUAAUGAAAGUGACGAGCGGCAAGUUGAAAUGACCUCGCAUGGAACAACCCAUGGACUCGGUCACACCGAAGACAAUCCCGAGAUCUAUGGGGCAUCUCGCUUUGGACAUUUUGGAGAAUAUAUGCAUCGCAAGCGUGCCAAGCUCCAGAUACAGAAUGCAGACCUCGAUGCAAGCCAAGAUAUUGGUGAAGAAAGCAGGAUUUUCAGCGGUCUUUCAAUAUAUCUUCCAUCUCAGAUUAACGGGUGGACCAAUCCUUCGGUUCAAGACCUACGGCAAUUGAUAGUGACGCAUGGGGGUGUGUUUCAGCCUUACCUGGAUAAGAAAUCCUUAGUGACCCACGUCAUUACUUGCUCGUUGACUGCUGCGAAGAUCAAAGAUUGGAAGCAUAUGAAGAUUGUCAGGCCUGAGUGGCUGGUGGACAGUGCCGCUGCAGGAACAUUACUUCCAUGGAGGAAUUACAUUUUCAAACCCGGGGGCAGGGUUGAGCAAUCUCAAGGAGCGCAUACGCCUCAAAGUCAUCUGUCCACAGACUCGCGGACAACAGCGCGCUCCGAUUUGCGUAAACCUGAACAGCCACUAUCAGGUGACCAUGUCCCCGCAACAACGCCUGAUUCUGACACGGCAGGUGCUGCCACCGCUGAGGUUGAUGAUCCAGGGUCCUCGACUUCUUAUUCACAUCGACCGCUCUAUGUUACAGAUCCAGGCACGCGCGAAGACGCCGCACGCGUCCCUGGAGCCGCACACACCUCCGUGGCACCAAAUUUCAUAGAAGGUUUUUACAAAAACUCACGACUGCACUACCUGUCCACAUGGAAAGCUGAGCUGAAAAAAUUAGUCCAGCAAGCCUACGAAGAAGUAGAAAAUGGGCUGGUACAUGAGUCCUCGUCAACUAUAGGCAGACUUCAGGACUGUGGCUGGCAGCGCGUAUUAUUAUGCACUGCGACUUCGAUUGCUUUUUCGUUUCCUGUCGGCCUUCUGAGUCACCCUGAGUUGCGAGGCAAACCGGUUGUCGUUUGUCACUCACAAGGUGGUACAGGGGGUGCAUCUAGUACCAGUGAAAUAGCAAGCUCAAGCUACGAGGCCAGGUCAUUCGGGGUUAAAAACGGCAUGAGCCUUCAGCAAGGGCGUAAAUUGUGCCCUGAUCUUAUGACUACACCAUAUGAAUUCGAGAAAUAUAAACAGCUGUCGUUGCGUUUCUACACCAUUUUGAUGCGUCAUGCGGAUGAUAUCCAGGCCGUCUCCGUUGAUGAGGCUUUGAUAGAGGUUACAACAAGCGUUGCCAGAUGUGCUCUUCGGCCAUCGUCCCUAGCAUUUGUGGAUGAUCCUGCAAAGUCUCUUGCAGAACAGAUACGGUCCGAGGUCAGAGACGGAACAGGUUGCGAAGUGAGCAUUGGCAUCGCAGAGAACAUACAACUCGCUCGCAUUGCAACACGCAAAGCCAAGCCUGCUGGAUCCUUCCACCUAAAACCAGAAGAUGUGCAAGAGGUUCUCGCGCCGUUAGAUAUCGAUGACCUCCACGGCUUCGGACAUUCUACACGCCAAAAAGCGAACGAGAAGCUCGGAGCCACAAAUCUCGGCGAACUCGCUAAGAAGAGCAAAGGUGCAUUGUGUGAUGCCCUUGGCAAGACCACUGGCGAAACUCUGUACAAUGCGAUUCGUGGCAUCGAUGAACGAAAGCUCGAGUCUGACAAGCCGCGAAAGUCUGUAUCGUGCGACAUCAACUACGGGAUACGUUUCGAGAACAACGACCAAGCCAAAGCUUUCAUCUACCAGAUGGCCGAGGAAGUUUCCCGAAGAUUGAAUGCCGUCAAUAUGCGUGGGCGUUCUUUGACUCUGAAGAUUAUGAAACGCGAUCCAAAUGCGCCUGUUGAACCACCUAAGUUCAUGGGACACGGCAUCUGUGAGACAUUCAACAAGCAAACUGCAUUUAGCAGCGCAAACGGCAAAGCUACAAGCGAUCCCAAGGAUAUCGGUGACCACGCAUGGAAGCUACUGAAUUCUUGGGCAUUCGAUCCCAAAGAGCUACGUGGAGUAGGCAUUCAAAUACAGAAGCUAGAUAUGACGUCGGUAGCUGACACCGCCGAUCCUGGGCAAGUGAAGCUGCCAUUCCACAUCAAGAGCUCUACGACCGUGCAGGAAAACACUGAACAAGAUGACCUUCCAGUGCCUAGGAUCGUCACUGAACCCCCUUCUCAAGAUGACCCACCUCAAAAUGAGGUCGGUCCUUCACAUGUAGACCUUCCCUCUUUCUCCCAGGUCGACAAGGACGUCUUCGACGCAUUACCGGAUGAUGUUAGGAAGGAGCUAGAACUUGAAUACCAGCGCAGAUCACAUUCGCCAAUGCCGGUGGAACAACCCCCUCGUGAUGUCCGACCGAAAAUCAUGGUCAAAGGCGUCAACGUCAAAAGAAUCACCCAACAACUUGCGCCGAAGAACAGAACGAGCGUAUCGCCCCGCAAAAACACGCUCUUUGCGAAACGUGAUGGCCCAUCGUACAUGCGUGUGUCUGACGAAGAGCUUCGUAAACUUGAUAUCGACCCAGAUGUAUAUGCUGUCUUGCCUGUGGACUUGCAGCGCGAACAGUUGAUCAUGGCUCGGCAUGCAAAAAGUGGAAAUCUCCUUCAAGAACGCAAGAUCAUUAAGGCUUCUUCUGGUCGUGGACCAUCUGUACCUUAUCGCAAGAAACCUCCUCCUCAAGCUAAGCACCCGCAGCCGCCUCUUCUGAAACAGCAGGGUCAGCAGCCAGGGGAGAAACUGUACUUUGCCGAAACUGAAGAUGUUCAGACCGUCAUCGAGUCAUGGGUCAAGGGGUUCACAGAUCAUCCCCCGAACCCAAAAGACGUCGACUAUUUCAGCAAAUUUUUGGUGAGGAGUGUAGAAUCGGCUGAUACAGGCAUGGAGAAAACCAUUGCUGUAAUGAAGUGGUGGCUUAUCCUCUUGAAGAGAAAUUGGGAGGUUUACGAACACGCAAGCAGCGCGGAGGAGAAUCAUGAUGGAGACGCGAAGGCAGAGGACAUCGGGAGAGCUUGGUGGAAAGCAUUCAGGGAAGUGAAGGCCAAGGUUGAUGCUGCUACCAGACGACGCUUCGGUGGUUCAUUAUCUCUUAAAUGA